GUACUUCGCGUGCCACAGCUGGGAGGCGCGUGAGAACAGAGGAGAGCAGCGCGCGCUUGUUCCGUGGCGAUGAGAAACGAAACAAAACACGUUAGGGAUUAAAGAGCGCACAAACGGGACGGGACGUUGAGGUCUGUUUGUUUGUUUGUUUGUUUGUUUGUUUGUUCUGCGCGCGGGGUCGGGGACAACGCCGUGCCCGUGACGCACGCGCCAAUCCUCAUAAUAACCGGUUUGUUGGUUGGUGAUGAGUUCAGCGAUGGAGAGUCGGGUCGCGCGCCGCUGUAAGAUCGUAGUGGUCGGAGACUCGCGCUGCGGGAAAACAGCUCUGCUCCACGUGUUCGCUAAGGACUCGUAUCCAGAGAGCUACGUCCCGACCGUAUUUGAGAACUACACGGCGAGCUUCGAGAUCGACAAACGCCGCAUCGAGCUCAACAUGUGGGAUACAUCAGGCUCAACCUAUUACGACAACGUUCGGCCGUUGGCUUAUCCGGACUCGGAUGCUGUUCUCAUCUGCUUUGACAUCAGCAGACCAGAGACGCUGGACAAUGUGUUAAAGAAGUGGCAGGGUGAGACACAGGAGUACUGUCCCAAUGCGAAGGUGGUGUUAGUGGGAUGUAAGCUGGACAUGAGGACGGACCUGAACACACUGCGAGAGCUGUCCAAACUCAGACUGAUACCCAUCACACACGAACAGGGCACUUCUCUGGCGCGACAGAUCGGCGCCGCGGCCUACGCCGAGUGCACGUCCAAAAACUCCGAGGACAGCGUGCGGGAUGUUUUCCACAUCGCCACGGUAACGUGCGUCGGUUACGACACACAGCGGCUGAAGCGCACCGGAUCGCGGCGAGGUCUCAAACGCGCUUCCCAGAAUCCUCAGCGCUCCGAGAUCCUGGAGCUACGCAAAGACCGAGCCAAGAGCUGCACGCUGAUGUAGGGGUCGCGACCUCAUGACCUCACGCUCUACAGCAAGGACUCACUUUAUGUUUUCUCUUUGAUUUUCUUUUUAAGCAUUGGAUUUGAUAUGGACAGUUAAGGGUGAAGGUUAUGAGAUGUUCUGAAGCAUGAGAGAAGAUGUAUUUAUUAACUGAUUUUUUUUAAGCGCUGAACUCUUUCGCAUCACAGAGGAGUGAGUCAGUAAUAAAACCACGCCCCCUCCUUUUCCUGGAAGCAUUGAGAUAUAUUUACUCACGUUUUAUUAAAGAAAUGUACAUUUAUUUUUGUUUAUUUUUUUUAGAAGGAAGUCGACACUAAAAGGACUAAGAAAGUUUAUAGAGAUUUUUUUUAUUUAAUUUUUAUUUUUUCAUGAGGAACGCUGAUGAUGCAGGGGUUCCGGGACUUUACUGAUUUUUUUUAAAUACAUUUUUUGUUGUUGACAUGUGACUGUGAGUGGGUUUGGGACCUUAAGGAGAAGAAAUUUAGACAUCUGAAAACCCCAGAGUAAAUCUCCUGAUUAAACUAAAUUCACUGGACGUUCAUAUUUGGCGUCAUUUCGUUGACUUCUGACUCAACGCAUAAGAUUGAACUCCUCAUGUUGUUUAUAUCAGAAUCUUUGGUUUGUUGCCCAGUGAUCCGAACGUGUAGGAGCUCGAGAUGCCGCUGACGCACUUUAUUUUUUAUUUGAUUUCUAAAUAUCACUGUAUGACACUUGGGGUUUUCCGUCACUGUUCAGACGGAUACAUGGGAGGGACGAACUAGAUAUAUUUUACAGAUUAUAUAAAAAUAAGGAUAUAAUAGUCAUAAUGUAUGAAAAUGUAAGAACGCAUGGGGGGGUUGUGUCGUGUCCACGCAGGUGUAAAAGUACUAUUGUAAUAAAGAAACAAUACUAAAGGCAAGGAAA